CACACGCCUUCCCGUCCUCCACUCAGAGCAGCCCGAGCCCGCGGCCGCCGCCACUGCUCCAGCUGCCGCCGCUCCAGCCACUGCCGCGGCUGCCACCUGAGGAGACCCACGGUGCGAGCCCAAGGCGCUGCCUCGCCGACCUCUCCGAGGUCCCUGUGACCCGUGGACGGUGCGACUCUCAUUGCUCUUCUUAUCCUCUCCUUGGCAAGAAGAGAAAGUAGCAGAAGAUAGCAGCCAAAAAGCACCGCGUCCACCUUGACUGACUACUGAAGCGUCGUCUCCUGGAAUACGAGGGUCUCCUGUCCUAGGAGGAGCAGCCAGAGACACUGAGAGAGGGUGCGGAGGGGCAGGAAGGAGUUGCGGGUUGCGCGUGGAGGAAAGUUGCGUGUGGCUUAGACCCGACGGCGCAGCGCCACGAUCCCCCGGGGACCGUGUGUCUGGGAAAACGCCGCCGUCCCUUUGAGUCGGGACCCACGAGCGAGCGGGCCCCGUGGGCCCGGGGACGACGCCCCCUUCUGCGGCGUGGACUUUGUGGGUGGCCCUCGAGGAGGAGGAGGAAUAUGGCACCUAAGGUGUCCCCUUCUUGCCGUCUGAUUUUCUGCCUCUUGAUCUCUGCCGCGGUCCUCAGACCAGGCCUUGGAUGGUCCACUGUCAACUCAGUUUACGGAGAUACCAUUGUCAUGCCUUGCCGACUCGACGUACCUCAGAACCUCAUGUUUGGCAAAUGGAAAUAUGAAAAGCCCGAUGGGUCCCCAGUGUUUAUUGCAUUCCGAUCCUCUACAAAGAAAAGUGUGCAGUAUGAUGAUGUACCAGAGUACAAGGACAGAUUGAGCCUCUCAGAAAACUACACUUUGUCUAUCAAUAAUGCAAAGAUCAGCGAUGAAAAGAGAUUUGUGUGCAUGCUAGUAACUGAGGACAACGUGUUUGAGGCACCUACACUAGUCAAAGUGUUCAAGCAACCAUCUAAACCUGAAAUUGUAAACAAAGCACCAUAUCUUGAAACAGAGAAGCUACAAAAGUUAGGUGACUGCAUUUCAAGGGACAGUUACCCAGAUGGCAACAUCACGUGGUACAGGAAUGGGAAAGUUCUGCAACCCCUUUUAGGAGAGGUGGCCAUACUUUUGAAAAAUGAAAUUGACCCAGUUACUCAGUUGUAUACCAUGACUUCAUCCUUGGAGUAUAAGACAACCAAGGCUGACAUCCAAAUGCCAUUCACUUGUUCUGUGACAUAUUACGGACCCUCUGGCCAGAAGACAAUUCAUUCGGAACAAGCAGUCUUUGAUAUUUACUAUCCCACAGAGCAGGUGACAAUACAAGUGCUGCCACCAAAAACUGCCAUCAAAGAAGGAGACAACAUCACUCUUCAGUGCUUGGGCAACGGCAACCCACCUCCUGAGGAGUUCAUGUUUUACUUACCAGGACAGCCUGAGGGAAUAAGAAGCUCAAAUACUUACACACUGACAGAUGUGAGGCGCAAUGCCACAGGAGACUACAAAUGCUCGCUCAUCGACCAAAAAAGCAUGAUUGCUUCAACAGCCAUCACAGUUCACUAUUUGGAUUUAUCCUUAAACCCAAGUGGGGAAGUGACCAAGCAGAUCGGCGAUGCCCUGCCUGUGUCAUGCACAAUAUCUGCCAGUAGGAAUGCGACCGUGGUGUGGAUGAAAGAUAAUAUCAGGCUUCGAUCAAGCCCAUCAUUUUCUAGCCUUCAUUAUCAGGAUGCCGGGAACUACGUCUGUGAAACGGCUCUUCAGGAGGUGGAAGGGCUGAAGAAAAGGGAAUCACUGACACUCAUUGUAGAAGGAAAACCUCAAAUCAAAAUGACCAAGAAAACUGACCCCAGUGGCCUGUCUAAAACCAUAAUUUGCCAUGUGGAAGGGUUUCCGAAACCAGCUAUCCAGUGGACCAUUACUGGCAGUGGAAGCGUCAUAAACCAAACAGAGGAGUCUCCUUAUAUCAAUGGCAGGUAUUAUAGUAAAAUUAUCAUUUCCCCUGAGGAGAAUGUUACACUAACUUGCACAGCAGAAAACCAACUGGAGAGAACAGUAAACUCCCUGAAUGUCUCUGCGAUAAGUAUUCCAGAACACGAUGAGGCAGACGAUAUAAGUGAUGAGAACAGAGAAAAGGUGAAUGACCAGGCAAAACUAAUUGUGGGAAUUGUAGUUGGUCUCCUACUCGCUGCGCUCGUGGCUGGUGUCGUCUAUUGGCUCUACAUGAAGAAAUCCAAAACUGCAUCAAAACACGUCAACAAGGACCUUGGCAAUAUGGAGGAGAAUAAAAAGCUAGAGGAAAACAACCACAAAACAGAAGCCUAAGAGAGGAGUUGGUUCCAAGUCUCCAG